GCAUCGUUGUUAGGUGGCAUGGAGAUGUCAGCGCACACAUUUUCUUCUUUGUCCCCUUCAAGGCCACGAUCGGGAACGGGAAGCUGGCUUUGUCGUUUCUGAGCAUCCCUUGAAGCGCUCUCGUCUCGGCGACUAGACGUCGCGUCGCACUGAGUCUCUCAGCCGUUCGUCUGAACUGCCCACUUGGAAGAUGUUUCGGUUGAGCGUCGGGGUUCCCCUGGUUGGGAUUCUUUGUCAGGUGGCUUUAGGAUUUUGGCAAUAGCGCCCGCACCCGCUUCAUCCCAUCCCAAGUAGAGCUCCAUGCAAGAAGUCGUUCUUUUGUCAUCAUGUCCCCAGCAUCGGCCACGGCGGCUAGUGAACGCAGCACCUGCACGGUCGCCCCCGAACAGGAGCCAGAGCCGUACAGCCCCAGACUUGAGCUGCGGCCUCAGAAACAGUCACUGCUGAAGUCCUUGUGUCAGGAGACGCACUGGAAAUGCCUGCUGCUCAGCUUGCUCAUGUACGGCUGUGUGGGCGUCAUGACCUGGUGCCAGGUGACCACCGUCACACGCCUUUCCUUUGACAGCGCCUACAAGGGGAAGUCCAUGAUGUACCACGACAGUCCCUGCUCCAAUGGCUAUAUCUACAUCCCCCUGGCCUUCCUGGUCAUGCUCUACGUGGUCUACCUCGUGGAGUGCUGGCACUGCUACACCAGGAACAAGAUGCAGUACAAAGUGGAUGCGGACGACGUGGCCGAGCGUGUACGGAGAAUGAAGCAGGCCACGCCGUGCAUCUGGUGGAAGGCUAUCAGCUACCACUACGUGAGAAGGACGCGGCAGGUGACACGAUAUCGUAAUGGAGACUCCUUCACCUCUACUCAGGUCUACCAUGAGAGGGUCAACACGCACGUGGCCGAAGCGGAGUUUGACUACGGGAACUGCGGGGUGAAGGACAUCUCAAAGCACUUGCAGGGCCUUGAGCGCUUUGCCAUGACCAAGCUGAGGUUCACCAAGUGCUUCAGCUUUGCCAACGUGGAGUCGGAGAACUCUUACUUGACACAGCGGGCUAGGUUCUUCACAGAGAACGAGGGCCUGGACGACUACAUGGAGGCCCGUGAGGGGAUGCACCUGAAGAAUGUAGACUUUAAGGAAUACAUGACUGCCUUCAGUGAGCCACAUCAUCUUCCCUGGUACGCAUCGCAUUCCGCUUUCUGGACAGCGGCUGCUUUGACUCUUUCCUGGCCUUUACGGGUGCUGAUGGAGUUCCAAACCGCCUGUGUCCACUACCACGUGGAGAAGCUUUUCGGCUUCGACUAUGUGCCGUUGACACCUUCAGAGGAGCAUCCUUAUUGUAGGCACAUCCCACGGGUCAACACCAUCGACAGCACAGAGCUGGAGUGGCACAUCCGCUCCAAUCAGCAACUCGUUCCCAGCUACUCUGAGGCGGUUCUGUUGGACCUGGUCCAGCUCUCGGGAACCUGCCAGAACUACUCGGCUUGCCAUCGCUACAGCAGCUACAGGCAGAACUGCCAGUGGUGCCACCACGCCUUCAGCAGUUCCUCCAUCUUCUCACGCAGCGCCCUGAGCAUCUGCAACACGGCGAGCCCGCGUCUGCCCUUCAGCGCCAGCCGCUUCUCGCUGGGCCGGCUAUAUGGCUCCAGACGGAGCUGCCUGUGGAGGAGCGGCGGGAACCUGAACGAGCCCCCGAGUUGCCCAAUGGAAAGCACACGCUGCCUAUCGGGCCAGCAGAGCAGCGAGGAGAGCCCUCCGGCGUACCAGGAUGCGCUCUACUUUCCUGUGCUCAUUGUACACAACAACGAAGGCUGCCUCAAUCACAACCAUCAGUCCCUGCACAGAAACGGCUCUUGCGUGGAGACUUCGUUAUGACCCUCAAACAGGAUUAGGCUGAAAAAUAGGACAGAGGGGAACCCAAUAUGUUAUUGUUGGUUCAUAUACUGUGGCUUCAGAAGCUAUUUUGUCAGGUCAGUCCUCUACUGUGCUAUAAAGCCAAAAAUCAAAUAACCAUGCACCCCUAAU